CAUAUGACACAGCUCCACGCUAAUCCUCCUCUAUAAACCACACAUAUAAAAAUAGAGGGAUUCAAUUGAUUCCUCGAAUUUAGAUUAUGGCGACGCAAUUUCCCCCACCCUCGAAGCGCCAGAAACGUGAGCAAGCCGAGCUCAGUAGCAAACAACAGGACGUCCCGCAGAUUCCAGACGGCACAGUGCGAAUUCGAUUUGUAGACCAGGCGACAGGCGAGACAGGCUCAUUACCAGUUCUUACCGUUCCUCUCUCUCAAGCGUCGACCAAGAAUCUCGAACUCUUGCUCAACGAGCUCAAGGAUCAGAGCGAUGACAAAAUCCCGUACCGAUUUUUCCCAGACGGAGCGAACGAGGCCCUAGGUGAUAGUGAAGACAUAUACAAUGCUCUUGUGAAGCCAGGGAAAGCAUCUUCAGAAAACGAGAUUACGCUACAGUACGCACCACAGGCCGUGUUCAGGGUCAAAGCGGUAUCAAGAUGUGCGGCAGCAGUGUCUGGGCACGGAGACAACAUCCUCGCGGUGCAGUUCUCCCCGGAAAACUCGAGCAGAAUGGCGAGUGGAAGUGGCGACAAGACGGUCAGGAUCUGGGACUGUGAUACAGGCACUCCGAUACACACACUCAAAGGCCACACACGCUGGGUUCUCGCAGUCAGCUACUCCCCCGACGGCUCUCUCCUCGCAUCCGGCGGCUACGACAACGAAGUACGGAUAUGGGAUCCAGCCACCGGGAAACCAAUCAACGGGCCUCUGAAAGGCCAUACCGGCUUCGUCACCUCCCUCAGCUGGGAGCCCUUCCACCUCCAGGAACCCAACCGUCCCCGCGUAGCAUCUUCCUCCAAGGACGGCACAGUUCGCAUCUGGGACGCAAUAGGCGGGAAGAUCGACUUCGCGCUCACCGGCCACAAAGUCAGCGUGACGUGCGUGAAAUGGGGCGGAACAGGCCUCAUCUACACGAGCUCGCACGACAAGACCAUCAAGGUCUGGAGCGCCGCCCAGCAAACCCUCAUGCACACCCUUUCCGGCCACGCCCACUGGGUGAACCACCUCGCCCUCUCCACUGACUUUGUCCUACGCACCUCCUACCACGACCACACGCGCAAGCCCCCAACCACCCAAGAAGCCCGCCUCGAAAAGGCCCGCUCGCGCUUCGAGAAAGCCGCAACCAUCAACGGAGAGAUCGUCGAGCGCCUGGCCACCGCCUCGGAAGACUGCACCCUCAUCCUCUGGACACCCCUCACGUCCACGAAGCCCGUGACACGCAUGACGGGCCACCAGAAGCAGAUCAACCAGGUGUGCUUCUCGCCCGACGGCACGCUCCUCGCAUCAGGCGCCUGGGACAACCACGUCAAGCUGUGGUCCGCCCGUGACGGCAAGUUCCUCUUCACGCUGCGCGCGCACGUGGGCCCCGUCUACAUGCUCAGCUUCUCCGCUGACAGCAGGCUGCUCGCCAGCUGCAGCAAGGACACUACCCUCAAGGUAUGGGACAUGCGCACUGGCAAGCUCAAGCAGGACCUCCCCGGCCACAAGGACCAGGUCUUUGCGCUGGAUUGGAGCCCCGACGGCGAGAGGGUCGGCAGCGGCGGCGCGGACAAGCAGAUUAGGAUCUGGAGGAAUUAAAAGCCUCGCAGGGUGUAGCUUGGGGGAAAGGGAUGGGGCCCGUGGGUAGUGGAUAAUGGGUAAUGGAUUGCAAGUAGUAGAUACCAUGAUCUUUAGACCUAUGCUUUGUAGAUAUGUAGCGUGCUUUAUGUUCACUCUUGGCUGAGAGGAACAAUAGAAAAG